AUGUCCAUUUUACCAAGGAUUUCUCUGAAGCCUGAAGUGACUGAACAUCUUAACAGUGUCUUCUUAAACAAGGAGGUGUUGGCAGCUGUGGGUCACCAGGAGGCAGAUUGUCGUUUCCAGAAGCUGCUCACAUGUCUGUCUCACCCGCCUUCGUACACUUGUGUUCGAGCCAGCACUCAUCUGGCUCCCCUGGAGGAGAUCAGACACAAGCUGGGAGAAGAGCUAAAGAAGCAGCAGAUGGGCAGCUCGUCAGCAGAGGACGUCUCCGUUCAGAUUCUUCUACACCCACGAAUUACAGAUGUGCUGCUUCUUCCUGUCGACGGCCCGAGGCCUGUGGAGCAGCUCAGCUCAGAGGUGGUAGUCGGCGCUCAGUGUGGCAGCGCCGUGCUAAGAGGAGCACAUGUCUUCGCCCCGGGGAUCGUCGCCUGCCCCAAGUACAUGAAGCCAGGGGAUGUGGUGUCGGUCUUCUCUGACGUGGAGGGCAGGUGCACCCGAGGAGCGAUGAGCUUUCAGGGGAAGAAGGUGUUUGUGGGAAACGGAGUUGCGGAAAUGAGUCGAUCCAGUAUCUUCUGCACGGAUGAACCUGCCAGAGGUGUUGGUGUUCGGAUGGUGGAGCCGCUGUACCGGAGUCCUUCCUUUGAUGGCGUUCUGCCCAGCCUGGCGUUCCUACAGAACCUUCCCUCUGUGGUUGUUGGACACGUGCUCGGGCCUCGACCCGGAGAACGAAUCCUGGAUAUGUGUGCUGCACCUGGAGGGAAGACCUGCCACAUCGCCGCUCUCAUGAAGGAUCAGGGAGAAGUCGUGGCCUUGGACAGAAUCCGAAAUAAGAUCGAUCGCAUUCGUCAAAAUGCACAGAUGUUGCAUUUGCAAAGCGUCAAAGCUUUUUGCUUUAACAGCACACAGGCGGUGAGCAGCGACUCUGCACAGGAAUCUGAAGGACCUCCCUUCCCUCCUGAGAGUUUUGACCGGGUUCUGCUGGACGCUCCCUGCAGCGGCCUUGGACAGAGACCCAGCAUGGGCAUGACCUGGAGCCUCAAGGAGAUCUGCUCCUACCCGCCGCUGCAGCGCAAGUUAUUUCAUGCUGCGGUGCGGUUGUUGAAGAAAGGCGGCGUGUUGGUGUACAGCACCUGCACAGUGACUCUGGCUGAGAAUGAGGAGCAGGUCGCCUGGGCCCUGAAGACCUUCCCCUGCCUCACACUUCAGCCACAGGAGCCGCACAUCGGCGCAGAGGGCAUGCUGGGAGCCGGACUGUCACCUGAGCAGCUGCGCCUCCUCCAGAGGUUCAGCCCCGAGCUGAGCUGGGACCAGACAGAAACUACAACCCCCUUCCCCUGCAGAGCCGACGGGGACACUAUUGGCUUUUUCAUCGCCAAGUUCCUGAAAAACUGA